AUGGCUGCGUCAUCGUCAUCGUCAUCGUCAACGUCCACAGCCGGCGGGGUAACAGGGAGAAGGGGGAUACCAGCUGCAGCAUUCGUAGAAGACGUGCAAACUUAUCUGACCGAAUCGAGUCUGGAUGUCAACUCUUCUCUUGCCUUCCUCCAAGAAAGACUUCAGCAGUAUAGGGUGGUUGAGAUGAAACUUCUUGCUCAGCAGAGGGAGCUUCAGGCAAAGAUUCCUGACAUUGAGAAGUGCUUAGACAUAGUUUCCACUUUGCAAGCUAAGAAGGGUGCUGGUGAGGCACUGAUUGCUGAUUUUGAAGUGUCAGAAGGCAUCUAUUCCAGGGCUUGCAUUGAGGAUACUGAUUCUGUGUGCCUAUGGCUGGGUGCAAAUGUGAUGCUGCAGUACUCAUGUGAAGAGGCCGCUGCUCUUCUACAAAAAAACUUGGAAAACGCUAAAGCCAGUUUAGAAGUUCUUGUUGCUGACCUACAAUUCUUAAGGGAUCAAGUGACAAUUACACAGGUCACAAUUGCUCGUGUGUACAACUGGGAUGUUCAUCAACGCAGACUCCGGCAAGCCACUGCUGCCAAAGAGUCGUGA